AUCUGUCCUGCAGCUCCUCAGCACAAACCUCACAUAGAGGGUCCAUCUCGGGCAGGGCGCGCUGCCCACAGGCGCGCACAGAGCUCCCUUUCUUUAAGAAAGAGGCAAAGGGGAAUUCCUUAUGGUGGAUGCUGCAGUGAUGAGAAGCCUUUUCAUCCGGCUGUUUUGUAGAGUCUCCACUGGCUGCUUUAAUUACAGGGCCCGGGGCUGCACUUUGAGCUCACUGCGCUCAUGCGGGCUCUUGAGAAAAAGCCGCGCGUCCGAUUCUCACGACACGGAUAAAAAAAACAAAACAAAAACGCACGCAAGUACACACGCCGCGCACGCGCUUGCGCGCUCAUGAGCCAGAGGAACCAGUCAGCCAGCUGCUCGGGGACGUUCCUGCCCGUUUUCAGUAACUUCAGCCCGCACACUCCAACAGCACAAACCGAGAGCCACCGGAGCGGCUUUUACUGCGUUUACCCAGUCGGACCAGCAGCACCAGAGAGGAUGUGGAGCGUCUCCGCUGCUGCCAGACCUCACUGAAAGUUUUGUUGGUGAACACAGAGAGGAGAGGAGAGGAGAGGAGAGGAGAGGAGAGGAGAGGAGAGGAGAGGAGAGGAGGAAGAGGAGGAGGACGACGCAGGACGAUGGGAGACUUUCACUAGAUCCACUCCAGCGCUGAACACCAUGGCUGUGGACGCUGCGUCCAGUUUCAGUUUCUGCAGGCCAGCUGUGGAGUACAGGGCUCUGCCUGAGGACUUUAAGCAGCAACUGAGUCGACGGACGGGUGGGAACCUAACCUGGCAUGACGGCCGCGGACAGAAAACGGCUGGAGGCAGAACAGUGAAGCUGCUGCAGCAGCCGGGAACCGACGCCCUGCAGUACCGUUCCAGUGAUAGUUUUGGGAUUUAUCACACGAGCCCCACACAGCCCAGCCUGAUCCGUCCUGUCGUUCUUUGGUCACAACAAGAUGUUUGUAAAUGGCUCAAGAAACAUUGUCCACACAACUACCUGACCUACGUGGAGGCGUUUUCCCACCAUGCCAUCACAGGUCGUGCGUUGCUGCGUCUGAACGGGGAGAAGCUGGAGAGGAUGGGUUUAGUGCAAGAGACACUUCGACAGGAGCUUCUGCAACAGGUGCUGCAGCUGCAGGUGCAGGAGGAAGGACGCAACCUGCAGCUGCUCAGCAGAGGUUCCUUUGGAAGGAUAUCAUAGCUGGAACACAUGGACACUGGAAAUGUCAUGAUAUAAACUGAAAUGUGAACCAGAUCUGUGGGAUAAAUGCAUCCAGCAAGCAGCGAUUUCCAGAAUAAUGCUAAAUGGAAGGUGGCAGCUUUUCAUUCGUCAUCUGCACGAUAAACUGACUUCAUCUUCUCAGACUGACUAUGAACUGAUGAAAAAAGCAUCAUGACAAUCUGUUUUGUCAAAUUCUCACUCUGUGCUGUGAUUAUUAUUCCUCCUUGACUGUUUUCUUCCCCUUUCUCUCUCUGGAACUUUUUUUAAUGUCCGAAAAAUAAUAAAAGUCAGAAAAUGUCAA